UAACCUAACGUAGUUUAUGUGGUCUGACAAAUCACCAACAUCUCUUCAGCUUGUGUUAACCACAAACCUUAUUUCAGGCGUCUAACCACAAACACAUUCAAAAUCCCCGUUGACUUUUAGACGUUAGACCCCAUGGCGCUCAAAUGCUAACUUACUUCCGGGUUUUAGGACUCAUUCCUGUGGCGCUCUGUUGGCUCUACACUGACACUGCUACAGCUCAAAUAAAGCAACACCAGAUAAACGCCAGGUUUCCUCUUUGCCAGUUCUUCUGGGAGAUGGAGAGAGCUAGGAGAGAGUGUCAGACACAACUGCAGCAACUGACCCCUUCAAGCACAGGAUGUCAUGGAGAGUGGGACAAUGUCUCUUGUUGGCAGGGCGCUGAUGUCGGAGAGGUGAUGACCCUCCCCUGCCCCUCCCCAAUCCUUCGCCUGUUUGGAAAAAAAGGUUUAAUCAGCAGGAACUGCACAGAGAGAGGCUGGUCGGAUGUUUAUCCCGUCAUCACCAUCGCCUGCUGGGCAGACGACACAGACGAACCAAAUGAGCUGGUUUUCUACAGGAUGGUGAGGAUAUUGUCCACUCUGGGACACAGCCUGUCACUCAUCACUCUGCUCACCAGCACCUUCAUCAUCUGUCUGUUUAGGAGGCUCCACUGCACGAGGAACUACAUCCAUCUGAACUUGUUUGUGUCGUUCAUGCUGCGAGCCGUGGCCGUGCUGAUCAAAGACUCGCUGCUCUUUUCAGACGAUGAAGACACAGACUGCAGCACACAGCCCUCACUGGCGGGCUGUAAAUCCAGCCUGGUGUUCUUAAACUACUUCAUCAUGGCAAACUUCUUCUGGCUGCUGGUGGAGGGUCUCUACCUGCACACGCUGCUGCUCGUCAUCCACAACUUCACCUCCCGCCUCUCCGUCUACAUGCUCAUCGGCUGGGGAAUCCCGUUUGUGUUCAUGGUUGCGUGGAUUGCUUGUAGGAUUAACCUGGAGGACACAAGGUGUUGGGAGAUGAAUGAGCACCCGAUUCCCAACAGACUGAUCAACUGGCCCAUCAUGGCAUGUGUCAUUAUCAACUUCAUCCUGUUCAUCAGCAUCGUGCGCAUCCUGGUGCAGAAGCUGCGCUGCACCCACGUCGGAGGAAACGGACGAUCACAGUACAGCCGUCUUGCUAAGUCCACCCUCCUUCUGAUCCCUCUCUUCGGGGUGAACUACAUGGUGUUUGUCUACCUGAUGGAGCCAGCUGACAAAAGCAUGAAGAAAGUGAAGAUCUUUUUUGAUCUCGGCCUCGGAUCAUUCCAGGGUCUCAUCGUCGGCGUCCUCUAUUGUUUCCUAAACAGUGAGGUGCAGAAUGAGCUGAGGAGGACGUGGAGGAGUUUAUCUCUGAAGCGUUACGUGGGGCGGGACUACAGGCUGCACGCCACAUCUGUCAGCAGAAACGGGAACGAAAACUCUGCUCAGUUUCCCCGUAACUCCCGAGCUCCAUCCAUCCUGCAGACCGAGACCACGGUGCUCUGACCGAGGACAGAGACGGGAUGUUUGUGUGAGGAUGUGCAAAGCUUCACAUACUUAAAGAGCCAAAGUUUUACUUAAGGAUGCCUUUGAAGCGUGUCUUUGGCCGCUGCAGCGCCUCAACUUCUUACCUACUAACUUCUCUGGGGUGAAGGACUUUUUAUAGCUGUGUUUUCUCCUAAAUACUUUUUUCACAGCGCUUCUGGAAAACCAACGACACAGUUCCUGCAGAACAGAGAACUGCAUCAAAUCGUUCACUUUUUAUCAUUCCUUUCAUACAGUGAAAUAUGAAACAAAAAGAUGUUGCAAAAGACCAAUAUUUGUCUGGAAUAAUGCGCUAAUAAUUUGUUUCUGAGGGGGGAAAAAACGUUGAUUUAUUCAGCUGUUAUACAUUUUCUGAAGAAAGCUGAGUGUUUCGCUCUUUGUGCAACCAAAUACAUGUAUUUGCCUUCAUAUAAAUCCUGGUUUCAUUGCAGCAGAUGUUUUAUACAGGUACAUAUCAUUUUUAUGUAUUUUUAUGUGCAAAUUUGUGGGUUAAUAUUUCCUCUUGUGAGGAGAGUCUUGUAAACAAAAAGUGCAGGUACACACUGGUGUGGAGGAACCCUCCACACCAGUGACCAGCUCAGUGGUAGAGUCAGUUAUCCUCCAACCGGAAGGUCAGGGGUUCGAUCCCCAGCUCCUGCAGUCUCAGGUCUGAAGUGUCCUCGGCCAAGACACUUCAACCCCACAUUGCUCCUACUGCUUCAUCAAUUUGUGAUACUGCAUGUAAGCCAUUAUUAGAGGCCAACACUUUGAGAAUAAAUCAUAUAAAAAGAAUCAUACAAAUGUCAGAGAAACAUUGCCAUUAAUAUGUUUCUAUAACAAAGGAUCUGCAAAAUAUCUAGAUGGAGAAAUCAAGUUUUUCCAUUAACAGUAUGAAUUUACCUGAAAUGCCUCAUCCCAACACAAGCAGGGAUUCACUUUUACGUACAAUAAGCCAAAAAGCAUAUUUUGCCUUUGACAAAGAGGGAAUCUUUUUGUAUUUUGUAUUGUUUUUUUAAACAGUUGUUUGUAGUAUUGUUGGUUGUAUUCAUGAAUUUGAGGGAGAUUUGUGUCAUUGAACAUCACCUGUAAACCUGUGACUCCAUAUUCUUAUGUAUAAAAGUUUGCAUCUCA